GGUCCACGGUUCACGAUUUCCGGGCCCCGCCGGUUCUGUUUUUUCCUCGCUCGUCGCAACGCCAGAAAAAAAGAAACGUACGAUCAAAGGGUGGUCUCCGUUUUCCAGGAGGAGACGCGUGCUACCUGAGCACCGAGGGAAGCUGGUCGAUCGACAGAAGAAACGAGAGGAAGCCGGCGAGAAAAAAUCUCGGUCGCUUUUCCGGUGGCAUCGUUUUCCCGCCACUUUUCGUCGCCGGUAAGAUGGCCGCGGUUGCGAUACCACCCUCCCUGCGGAUUUGGGCGUUCGAAUCUCUGACACAGUGAGCCAAGACGAUCAUUGAGACGAAGUGUACUACGACGAGGAAGAGUAGAAGAAUACUUGAAGAACAGGUGAAUGGUUUCGAGUUACUGUUAUCAUGAAAUGCAGCAGCCUCGAUGCAUGGACCGUUGUACAGGAGGUGGUUGUCGUUUUGACGGUAAGCCGGUAGGGUCUCGGAGGAAUCUCGCGAGUCAUCCUGCGCUUCCUGGCACUCGAGGAACGCGAUCAUGGAACGUACGAGCGUAUAUACCGUGCUGAAGCAUACCGUGCGAGCUUCUAACCUAUAAAGAGUGACAGUCGAUGUUGACGCGUUGAGGAGGAUUGCGAUGACAGUGGGGAGCGGAGUCCAGCUGUCGACGGAGCCGAUCACGGGGACGUCAUCAGAGAACGUAAAUUAAAUAAAAGUGCAGUUUUGUCCGAAGUGCAAUAUUACGAAUACCGCGACUAAUUAUUACAAUAUUUGUGCAAUAAUCUUCACGUUCGAUCGAGACUUUUCGCGAGAAAAGUGCGAAUCGAUUGUGUAUACGCGUACGUGUGACAUCGAGGAAGAAAGGAAAAGACAGAUAUAAAGGGACAUAUAAGUAGAAUAGAGAGAAAGGAUAGUAGAUAAUAAUCUAGUCAUCGACCGAGGAACGAUAUUUUUAAGGUAAACGGUUUUCGCUAGUAGAGACUCGAUCGAAGGCCGCGAGCCAAUCACGCACCACGCAGGAGAGAGAGAGAUAGAACGGCGAAAACAUUAGGCCAGUGCGGUUCACCCUUGACGCCGUCUGUAACCGACACGGUGUGUUUACAUCGUGCACGAAGUUAUCCAUAGUUUCGGUUCGGUUGUUCACAGCGUAGCACGUAGUGUUACAAUGGCAAAUUAAAUAUACGCGAUUAUAUAUAUCAUAUAUAUCGAAACAGUGCGUGCCUCUUAAUAUCAAGUAUCGCGUGUUGGAAUCGAAAAUUCCCAUAACGCGUAAAGUAACCGAGAUGCGUGGAAAAGGGACGCGACGCUCUAUAUCGGAGUCCAGUGAAUUUUCUUAGACACUUCUUAGAAGAUACACUUGCUAGUAAUUGUGUAGCUUUCAGAAGCUACUGUUUUCUACAUUUAGAGGAAGAGAAACUAAGGAAGAAGGGAGAAGGUGUACUUAUUAUCCGUAUUUCUGGUUUCGAGAAGAAACAGACGGAGAAAAAGAGAGAGAAGAAAGGCGACGAUUAUCAGCGUUGGUAGGAAUCUACGUGGAUCAGGUUGCAUCUGAAAACGGUCGGAGGUAAAAAUCGGUAUCGGAAGUGCGGCCAAGUGCUCGCAGUGACGUAAGAAGGAACCGUGGCGCCUCGGGACUAUUCUACGGUGCCAGACGAAUUUUUAAUCGAGCGAAAUCGAGUGUUUGGACGCGGAUACGCAAUCAGGUGACUGUAUAAGGUGUUCUAGUGAGAAAUGUAUCCGUGGUAUCGGGACAGCGUCGCCGCGGCGGCGGCAGCCGGCCUCGGAGGACCCGUCGGAGUCGUUGGUUCCGGGUUCUGCUCUACCGGCCCAGGACAAGGCGGCACCACUAUCAAAACCGAGACCGGAUAUUCGGAUUGCAUGCUGGCCCUCGACUAUGUCCAGAGUAAGAAAGCCUCUUUCGCGUGGUCUGAGGGCGGCGAGGAAGGUGGCGGGGGCGGAGGAGGCGGCGGAGGUGGAGGCGGAGGCGGUGGUGGAGGUACAACCGGCACCGGUACCGGAAGCACGGGCCCAACCGCCACCGGAGGCGGUGGAUUGGCCCAUUGGGUCAGCGUGAUGGCGGAACACAUCCACAAUCCACACUCAGCUACUGGGGUGGGCGGUGUCCAUCAUCAGCAACAGUCACCCCCUCAGCCACCCUAUCCAUGGAACAACGGCCUCUCCGGUGAUCAAUGCAAUCCGCACGACAAGGAGAGCGACUAUUGGGGUGGCGGACGGGGCGCGAAACAAGGUUACGAGCACUUUCUGUUGCAGGCGAAAAUGAACGCGGACCAUGGCCAACUGCAGAAAGGUGACGAACAAUAUCGAGGCGCCGGGGGAUCCAGCAGCGGAAGUCCUCCAGCGAGUCUGCUGGUGGUUCCUCAACCUUUGACCGUGAAACCGUCUCAUCCGUCGCAUCUGAACCCCCAUUUAGGUGGACCACACUCUCAUCCGCCGAGAAAGUACCAAUGCAAGAUGUGUCCACAGUGGGCUUCUACUACGUCGACAAAACAACCUAUCUUCGGUAGCAAGGCGGACCUGCAGCUCCACACGCAGAUCCACAUGCGCGAGGCGAAGCCGUACAAAUGCACCCAGUGCUCGAAGGCGUUCGCGAACUCCUCGUACCUGUCCCAGCACACCAGGAUCCACCUGGGCAUCAAGCCGUACCGCUGCGAGAUUUGCCAGCGGAAGUUCACCCAACUGAGCCACCUACAGCAGCACAUCCGCACGCACACCGGUGACAAACCGUACAAGUGCCGGCAUCCAGGCUGCACGAAGGCGUUCAGCCAGCUGAGCAACCUACAGAGCCACUCCCGCUGCCACCAGACCGACAAGCCGUACAAGUGUAACUCCUGCUACAAGUGCUUCUCCGACGAGCCCAGCCUGCUCGAGCACAUACCGAAGCACAAGGAGUCGAAGCACCUUAAAACGCACAUCUGCCAGUACUGCGGCAAGAGUUACACCCAAGAGACCUAUCUGGCGAAACACAUGCAGAAACAUGCGGAGAGGACGGACAAGAGACCGCCGAUAAUCGGUACGGGGCUCAGGCCGUCGAUCCACGCAAUGGCGGCUCAUCAUCAAGACCACUAUUGGCCGAAAGUCAGCCCAGACUCGGUGAUCAGCGAUCUACACGACCGACUGCCUCAUCACCACACCGACUACCAUCAAAAUCAGAACCCGGAGAUGCUAUUACCUGGCCACGGACACCGUGGCGAGUCCAUCGAGAACGAUUCGAGGCAACAAACCCCUCAACCGGGCGCCAACCAUCACCCAAACAGUAGCUCGGCAUUUACGCCGAUCUCGUCGAUCUCGAUAAAUUCCAUCUCCUCCAUGCAACAUCCAUUGAAUCCACUGAACCAUUUGCACUACCCCGGCAGCCAUCAUCCAGCCUCCAGGCCGUACCUCUACGAGGCCUUCAACACAACGCAGAAAUCCUCGCCGGCGUCAUCCUCGUCUGGGGUCACGUCAGGCACGACCAGCAACCAGAACGCGACCUCCUUCCCGAACCAGUUGAUCAGCCUCCAUCAAAUCAGGAACUACGCGCACCAACCCAACCUUGGAAAUCUCGGGAACUUGGGAAACCUAGGGAACCUGAGCAAUCUGAGCAACCUAAGCGCGACAAUGGAGAGCCAUGCUCUCCUUGGUGGACUCAAGGAGAAACAGUAACUCCGGCUGGUCGCGGAGAUUAGGAACAAAAACUAUUUGCUAAUUCUCCUCGAUUUCUUUUUUUCUUCUUCGUCUAUGCCUGUACCUCGUCCCUAUGUCCUAUUUUUCCCGCGAUCUUUACAGGGUCCAGGAUGUUUGUAUGAUAUUUUACAUCUCGUUAUGAGUUUGUUCGAAAGGGAAACGCCUAUCGAACAUUCGUUGCUCCUACGUUUCGCCCUUAUACUUCUUUUAGCAUUUAAUUUCUAUGGGACAUUCUGAAAACUGUUUGCGGUGUGUGCAUGCAGCCUGAUCAAGAGUGAUUUUGUGUAGGAUUCCUGUCUUUAUUUAGGGUGGUGCUGGGGGUAGUUAUUCGCUGUGCGAUAAUAGUCAGUUUGUAAAACAACAAUUGUAUAUUUUUAUACAUUUUGGUUUAACAGGAAUCGCUUACACGUAUAAGCAUAAAUAUACAUGAAUAUAUGUCUCGAAGAUGAGAUACUUAUUUAAAAAAGAAAUACUGCGUUUUGUUUACUCUUUAGACGAUCUCUUUCGUUAGAUAAUGAGAACUGUGGAAAACAGAGCCAUUUACGUAAAUCUAAAUAAUUGAAAAUAACCAAUAAUAUAUAGAAUAUUCUAUAUUUGGAAGAUCAGAUAACUUAAAGAAAGAAAUUCUUCAUUUUCUUGUACAACCUUAAACGAUUUUAUUUCAUCAGAUAACAGCCUGGAACUGUUAAUGAAAACGAUCGCAAACGUAUCUAAACAGCGAAAGAUCGACGACUCGAUCAAAAAAGAAGUACCCUACCGUUAUUUCCAUCGAGGAACAUUAAUCUUGUCGAAAAACAUUUCACGAGUCGAGUGCAAAUCGAUUUAGCGACUUUUAAUCGUUUCAAUGCUACUGGCCAUUCAUGCAUGCAGAACAAAUAUUAGAAAGUACCCUGUUCGAUGUGGUAUCGAUCGGGCAACUUCCUAUUGAUCCGCUGAGAAUCGGCAAAAUCGAUUUGCGAUCGAAAUCCUCCCAAUAUAACCAAGCGUUUAACCACGACGUUGAUUAACUUUCACGUUCGUAGUUAGCUAGAAAAUAACUUGGAACGAUAAUCGACGAGCAUGUUUCUCGAUGUUCCCUCCGAUUAUCCAUGGCGAAUAGCCAUCCGACUAUCCUGAACUGUCCACUCGAAUUUACCACAUUUCCUAGCGAAACUACUUUCGAGAGACGUCCUUCUUCAGUUCCAAGCGAAUACUUUCAUCCUCCCUCUGUAAUCCACCCCGGAGAUCUCCUUAGGUUAACGUUCAACUUCAAAUUUAACAGUCCUCCUAAGUCUUCUUUUCUUUCUAUUGAUACUUAAUCAUCCGUUGGUCCCAUCGAUUUAUGGUGUUACUGAUAUUGGAGAGUGGUUUUAAUCUGGCUGAAUUUUGUAGUUUGAAUAAGGUUUUGUUACUAUGAAAGUUGUACAGUGAGAUUGUUUAGCGAAAUUUGGAAAUCAUUGGCUUGUUUAACUCGGAUUUUCGUAAUUUCGUUGGAUCAGUGAUUUGUGGUAGAUUUUUUGGUAUUUAAUUUGCAAACAAUGUUGUGGUUUUGUUACACGUAUUUUAUAUAUGUAGCAUGAAUAUUAAAUAUUCUUCGAUGUGACUGCUUCCUUUUUUUUAUUUCGCGAUAUAAAUUCAUCGCUAUAGAGUGCAUUAGUGUAUGAUCGCGUAGCACUGUACAACGAGAAUAUCGUAUAGAUGUACAAAGAAUCACCUCGAAGAAUAUCUUAUUAAAGUAUCCUUCCAGAGGGCGAGUUCAAAGCGAUAAUUUCCCAAGAAUUUAGAAAAUAGUUCUAAAAAUUGCAGCAAUCACGAAACCAAUCGCUUUUUGAAACUCGUCUUGUACAUUCAACGAAAAAACCUUGUGAAAUAGCAGAAACAUAGUUUAAAAGCAAUUAUUUCGUAGAUCAAUCCGUUUCAUUCAAUUUUCAUUACAUUUUCUAUUGCAAAGGUCUCUUAAUUGGUAUCAUUGAGGUUCAUGGUAAUUUCGGAUUGGAUUAUCUAAUAUUGAAAACGUAACGGAGAACGCAAAAUACAAAAUGAAAUAAAUAAAAAUCCUAAAUUUUAGUAAUUCAACGUGAAUCAUAGUCAUAUAUGAUGCAACGAUACUAUUCGAAGAUUAACUUUCAAUAGACAUUAUUGGUUCAUAGAUAACUAUAUACUAUAACUAUAGUUAACUAUCUAUGACAUAAAACAAUACGAAGAUUACAAAUUGAAAUUAAAAAAAAAUACUUUGAAAUUAAAUAUUUAAUUAAAUAUUUAAUCGAAACUGUCACCUACGAUCUAAUAAUACCAAUUGGGGGUUGAAACUAGAAAAUCGCUUAAAAGUCUUGUCCACGAUUAGAGGAAGAGAUGAAAAUGAGUAUAACCGGCGAGAAUCGAUGGGACCGCGGUUAGUUCCGUUCUUUUCGUGUUCCUGCCUCCCAGGAGCAUCGUACGUAAGAGGGAAUAGCAAAGCCAGGAGAAAUCGUGUCGUGGAGUAGAGCUAUUUUCCAAGGGGUGGCUCGCCCCCUGGAACCGGUGCGGGGGGAUGGGCACACCUUUCUAGGUCGAGUGGACGUUUCGUUCGCAACGGGAUAAUUAACGAAGCGAAUGUGUGUGUUUGUGUGCGUCUGAGCAUGCCAGAAACUCUUCUGUGUAUGUGUGUGCAUGUGUCUGUGUAUGUAGUUAGGCGAGUGGGUGAUAGAGGAGAAGAAAAAGAGAUAGGUGAAUGGAUAGUGAAGGAAAAGGAAAAGAGUUGGACGAGUGGGUGGCAGAAGAGAAGGAAAAGAGAUAGGCAAGUAGGUGAUGAAGGAAGAGGAAAAGAGUUGGGCAAGUGGAUGGUGAAGAAAAAGAGAAAGAGUUGGCCGAGUGGAUUUUAAAGGAGAAGGAAAAGAGAUAGGUGAAUGGAUAGCGGAGGAAAAGGAAAAUAGUUGGGCGAGUGGGUGUUAGAGGAGAAGGAAAAGACAAAAAAAAGUGGAAGUCGAAGCGUCGCACGCACCAUUUAAAUAGAAGUUACACGCGUACACACACAUUACAUGAGGGCACAAAUCGUGUGAAUAGCUUUUUUUCAGCGAGAAAAAGGAGAGGACGUGAGUGAGUGAGGGUGCAAGAGAGAUUUAGGGUAGGUCGACGACAGUGCCACGAAAUAAUAAAUGCGAAAGUAACGGAGAUAAUAGGGAAUUAAAAAGGGAACGAGGAGCAGAGAGAAAGGAGAGAGAGAGAGAGAGAGGGAGAGAGAAAGAGUAGGCGAGCAUGUAAGAAGGGGUAAGAUAGGGUUGGAACGCGAGCAACCAUACAGGCGCACAGAGAAAAAGAGAACGGUACGGAGAACCUCCAUGUAUAUAGUUAUUAUAUAUAUAAAUAUAUAAAUAUAUAAAUAUAAAUAAAUGAAUAAAUAAAUAUUAUAUAUUAUUAUUAUUAAUUAAUUAAUUGAUCGAUAUUCGGUAGGUGCGUAAGGGAAAAAAAGAGAGCAAGAGGAUAUAGACUCUACUGAAGAUAUUCUAAGUACCUUGUCUAACACGAAUAUAAUUAAAAAAGCGAAAACCGUGUGAGUGAAAUAAAGGAAAUGAAUGGGAGAAUGUUCGAAUAAGAGUGAAGUUGAAAGAAAAAGCAAGCAAUCGUUGCCCAAAGUUAUUUACAAUAAUUUUUCUUUCUCUUAAGAGCGCGUUUCCGUUCUACGAAGCCGCGGUACGAUCAACCUUGGCGAUCGGUUCUUUCUCUACUUAUCACGCCGUUAUUUCUUUUCCUUUCAUUUCGAUAGUCUAUAAAAUGAAGAUCAUCGAUCGUCGUGGCUUAUCGAGCCCGGUUAUUUAGAAAAAUUCGAGACGUACGAAAAUUCGACGUAUGCCGAAUGAAAAGAGAGAAGAAGAACACACGUGUACUGUAGAUAAUUUCUUGUUACGGCGCCGCCGAUGUCUCGUUUCGUGGCUCUCUUCUUAAUCGGUUUUGAUCGAUCCGCGAGGUGCAGGGCUAUAAAAAGAUUUCUCUUUUAUUUUUAUCAUUUUCUAACUGAACUCUAACUCUUUUUACUUUCUUGUCGUUUUUACGUCCAUUACUUCCUUUUCUACGAAUAAACGAUAUUCUAUUCUAAGGUCCAUCUUCCUUAUGGACAGAAAAAAAAAUAAAUAAAAAGGAAGUGAGGCACACGAGACGCGACACGUCGGCGCUUCACCUGUGCUCAAGUUGUUUAAAACUAUUAGUUUGUUAACUAAGAAGCGAGAGAGGUUGGAAGAAAGAGAAGGAGAGAAAGAGAGAGAGAGUUUGAAUGAGAGAGAGAGAGAGAGAGAGUGAGUUUGAAUGAGAGAGAGAGAGAGAGAGAGUGAGUUUGAAAGAGAAAGAGGGGAGAGAGAGAGGAUGAACGAAAGACUGGAAUGAGUGAGAA